AACCAAACUAAUUUGUGCAAAUCGAGUUAAAAGGAAAUUGCAAUAAAAGGAAAGUGUUUUACUAAAUUAUAAAAAAUGGGUAAAUUAAACGUCGCUAUAAUGCGCUACCUAACAGUAGAAGAUUUCCGUGUGCUGACAGCGAUAGAAAUGGGCAUGAAAAAUCACGAAUUAGUGCCCGCUGCGAUCGCUUCCUCCAUAGCAAAUCUUCAGCAUGGCGGUGUAAAUAAGAUACUCCGUGAAUUGUGCAAACACCGUUUGCUUACGUACGAAAGGGGCAAACGGUACGACGGUUACCGUUUAACCAAUGCUGGUUACGAUUACUUGGCUCUGCAUUCGCUUACGAAACGAGACGUUAUAACAUCAUUCGGCAAUCAAAUAGGCGUUGGUAAAGAGAGCAACAUUUACACUGUUUCGAACAGCGAAGAAGAACCGCUUUGCUUAAAAUUACACCGUUUGGGCAGAAUAUGUUUUAGAAAAGUUACCGAAAAAAGGGAUUAUCACAAGCACCGUAAAUCCGUCUCAUGGUUAUAUUUAUCCAGGAUAUCGGCCACAAAGGAAUUUGCUUAUAUGAAGGCUUUAUACGAGAGAAAGUUUCCUGUUCCGAGACCUAUUGAUUUCAACAGACACUGCGUCGUAAUGGAAUUGAUUCAGGGAAAAUUGUUAAACCAUGUAGCAGAUGUUACAAACGUGGAUGCCUUAUAUGACGAUCUCAUGAAUCUGAUUGUUCGUUUUGCUGAUUCCGGUGUAAUACACGGCGAUUUUAACGAAUUCAACAUAAUCCUCAACUCCGAGGAGAAACCGAUCAUCAUCGAUUUCCCGCAAAUGAUUUCUACGCAGCAUCCAAACGCAGAGUAUUUUUUCAAUAGGGACGUCAAUUGCAUUCGGGAAUUUUUCAAGAAAAGGUUUGACUACGAAAGCGAGUUGUAUCCCAAAUUCUCAGAUAUCCAGAGGGAUGAUAAUUUGGACGCUGAAGUGGCGUGUUCCGGAUUUACGAAGAAAAUGGCUAAGCAUAUUAAUAAGGAACUUGGAUAUACAGAUAGCAGUGAUGAUGAAGAAGAUAAUGAUAAUGAUGAAAUUGACAGCUCAAGCAAGUGUACAGAUUCAAAUAAGCCUGAUGCUCCAAACGAAUGCAAUUCUGGCGACAAUUCUACCUUGAACUACAUUUUCCAGCAAAUGAAACUUAAAAAUACUUACGAUAAUCAAACGAAAGACCAAUCUGGAGAUGACGUGGAAUCGUUUUCGGAUUGCUCUGAAACUGCGGAUAAUUUUGAUUCGCGAAGUAUGCUAUCUACAACAUCUACCAUACCCCCCGAUGAGAUUAAAAGAAGGCUGAAGAAGCAGAUGGUGAAUAAGGAUAAACGACAGCAAAGAAAAAGAUGCAUUGCUAAAGGGGAAGCAAAUGCUGUAACUAGAACGAGGAGGGAGAAUGCGAAUGCCGUAAAAAUGAAUGGGAUUUGGGAUGAUUAAUAAAAAUGUUAUUAUGACAUAUACAGAGAGGGCAACUUCGAGCGCUGCAAGCAUUAGAAAGAAACCCUCAAUCGAUAUAAGUAAGGAAGAGAAAUUCAGUCGAACUGAGGAUUGCCGGUCGAUAUUAGAAUUCGCUUUGUCCACUAGCGAAUAGCGGGGAUAGCGGACGUGACUAUUUCGUAUGCUAUCUUUAUUCCUUACAUAGCAAAAGUUCAAUUAGCUAUCUCAUUAUAUGCUGGCAGCAGUCGAAUUUGGCCUCUCUGUAUGUUUAAGUUUAUAGAUGGGAAGCAUUUUCUAAUUUUUUAACGAUUUAAUUGAAUUGGACAAUGUGGUAUGUGUAUUCAAAUUGGUUAAUGUAAAAAAUGACUGUUUAUAAGUUUAAUUUUUAUUUUUUUU